AUGUCCAGCACAACAAAUGACACCCAAAGACCGCUAACGUCCCUGCCUUUCCCUCCCGUCACUCCAGCUCACAUCCUAAAUUGCUCUUUCCACUCGUGGUAUCCCCGUUUCCGAUCUCUCACGCCCAAAUCCCGACUUAUUCCCCUCUCUCAGCCAUUUCUGGACUAUCUCCGUGCCGACGGGAUAAUAUUGCCUCCUGAGCACGGGCCCAAUGACGCAGAUAGUGGGUUCGAAGACGGCUUCCAGAACGACGACGAGGAGGAGGACGAAGAUCCUUCGGAACAAUGGGCCGACAUCCAUGCAAAGAUCCGGUCGACGAUAUCCGAACUGGGAGGCAAAGUGAUGCCGAAACUGAACUGGUCGGCGCCCAAGGAUGCCACCUGGAUUGCGACCACAAAUGACAUGGAAUGUCGAACUCCAAAUGACGUGUAUUUGCUGUUAAAGUCAAGCGACUUCAUCACGCAUGACUUGGAGCACGCUUUUGAUGGAUGCACCAUCGCUGUGGAUUCGAAGCACGGCGACCCCGAGACCGAGAUUCACAAUGGUGACGUCCAGGGCGAUAGCCAAGAGAAAGCAUUCCCUGAAGUGCCUUACCAUCUUGUACUACGGAAAGCAUUCAACCUGAACCCUUCACUCGAAUUUCGGUGUUUCAUCCGCCAACGAAAACUCAUUGCGAUCAGUCAGCGGGAGAUGAACCACUUUGAUUUCCUCUUCGACUUGCAAGAUGCCUUCAAAAAGUUGAUCCAGGAAUUUUUGGAGCGGUACUUGCUACCUGUUAGCGGUGGAAAGGGGUUCCCGGACGAAAACUUCGUCGUGGAUGUCUAUAUUCCCCCACCGCACGACCGUGUGUGGUUAAUCGACAUAAAUCCAUGGGCACCACGGACGGAUCCAUUACUCUUCUCCUGGCUGGAGUUGCUACAAUUACCAUCGGUAGAAACCCCGGGUCCGAAAUUGGAGAUUGUAGAAGGACUGGAUGGUGCAAAUCGAGAAGCAGAGGUUGAUGAGGAUGAAGAAGAAGGAGAUGUGGUCUUUGACCCGGAAUUUCGGCUCGUGAAACGAGAUGAUCCAGAGGCCUAUCAAUUCUCGGCGACAAAGUACUCGGCGCAUAAACUUCCCAAGGAAGUCGUGGACGCCAGCAUGGCGCCAGGAGACAUGAAGAACAUGAUGGAAGAAUGGAGGAAAGUCAUGGACAAGCAAGUGGAAGAAGACGAGGAUUCGGAUUCGGAAAAUCCUUGA